AUGCCCUUAACGAUUCCAAAGUAUGUCCAGUCUCCAUCAGAUUCUUACUCCUUAACGUACGUAAAUGGUCAAUAUUCAGACGGGCCCGUUCGCUAUUCUUCUCGGUUUCUUGGUCCCGCAGAUAGGGCGCAGAUGCACGAACUGGCGUCUCUGCAACAACAAGAGAUCCUUUCAUGUCUUGACUCCUUCCACCGCAUUACGGACUCCUACUGCCAUAGGCUAGAGACGUGGGUACGCGAAAACCCGGCGGAAUAUGAACGGUUCCUAAUAAGGCUUGCUUCGCAGUUCAACCUGUCUGUCGACGAUAGCAGAAUAUACAGUCUUGCGGCCGACUCUGUCUCUCGCCUACCUAGCAUGUACUCUGGAAGUACGCCUAAAGUGGGUAGAAGUAACUACAACAAUCCUCAGUUGCGCCCAACGAGUGGCAAGGCCCUUCGCGAUCCCCAGCGUACCAUUAUUCCUCUACAGGUAAACUCUCCACAACCGAGUAAGUCAGCUCUCGGUUUCCGAACUGGCUCUCGGGCAAGAAGCCCUUCGGGGUACAUAGAGCAAAGGCAUUAUGUUAGCAAGAACCAGCUUGGUACUUCUUCGCCAGAAGGUGUUGUGUCCCUGAGGGUGCACUUUAAGGCCUCAAGCUCUCAUGGAUCUAGGGUCUCGAAAAUCAAAUAA